AUGUCGUCGAGUCAACAGAUUUCAAAACCUCCAAACAACCCGCGAUCAUUGAAAAGUGUGUCAGAAGUUCCAAGUGAUGCUUCACUUGCAAGGUUGAUGAAGCCUCCAAGUUCAAAUAUAAUAAGUGUUCCGGCACAGUCUGGAUGCAGUACCCUGCAAAGUGGUGGCUACAGAAACAAAGUUGCCUUGAAACCGGGCCACAGUGCCAUGGACUGGUCGUCUUUGUCUAUCUCGAAGGGAAGGACUGGUGCGCUGGUGACAGGAAUCGACAAGCUGAUUUCCGAUCCCGAAAUUUGCAAGAUCAACAAUCCACAGGUAUUGAUGGCUCUAAAGCAGGGGCUUCCUGCUUUCAAGAUUUACCCACCUUUGAACAUUAAUCUGGCCCAUUUGAAACAGCAUAAGACUGCAGACGACUGUUGGUGCGUCUUGGGAAACAAGGUGUACUGUAUCACUGCAUAUCUGGACUUCCAUCCUGGUGGAGUGGACAUUCUGUUAAGGUCUGCAGCCGGAAAGAAUGCGACGGUCCUGUUUGAUAAAUACCAUAGAUGGGUAAACUACGAAAAGCUUCUGGAACAUUGCUACGUCGGAAUCUGCAUAUCUUAA